AUUGCCACGCCGCGCGCGUCGCCUCCCAACCAGACAUCCAACUUGACCAGCCAACUGCAAGCCGCGAACGCACGCAGCGGCGACACUCAGCCGCCGACUUUCAUGGCCAACAUGGAGCGUCGCGGCAGCGAAUUCAGACCCGACAGCUUGCGUCACGGCUCCAUUAACAUGGGCAAUUCAUUCCACUCACGGCCCAUCUCGAUGCGCGACCGUGGCCGCCGCGACAGCACUAACCAUGCUGGCAGUCUCAUGGCUGGAAUGAGCUGGGGAGGCCUCUCUUNNCUAAUCAUGGCCGGCACUUCGCCAUACAACUUCCAGUCACCAUCGUUCCACUCGUCAUCAUAUCUCCCUAAGAUGGAGGCAAACUUCAUGAAAGACUACAUCUGCUGCGGCAUCACCCUCGACUCGCUACACGAGUUGCUCCAGCAUUACGAAGAAGCCCACGCUCAAGUCCCUACACAGACCAUGGGCCGCACACCCAAGGAACACCUGCUUGCCAACGCUCGCAACGCAAACGCCGGUACUGCCGCCCAGAUGCUGCAGCAGCAGCAACAAAGUCAGCCCCACAACCACCAACAAGCCCCUCAGUUCGAUCAUCCCUCGGGCCUCUCUCAAGGUCUAGCUCGCGAUCCUCUGCAAGACCACGACAUGGAUGACAUGGACAUGGACAUGGACGAUUCGAGCACCGCUCCCGCCGUACAGGACCCUUAUCAGAGCCACCAGUUCCAACCUCAACCACAGUUCGGCAGGCAGCAGGCCAGAGCGCCGUCACUCAACAUCGGCAUGGCCAGCGCUUUCCAAAAUACACAACAAGUUAACAACGUAUCGACGCCCACAACGCCACAACCUGGUCAGAACAUGCAGCUCGGCGGCUUCAAUCCCACCGUCUCAUCCGUCAACACGCCGACUUUUGGACAAACUUCGCAGACCGUCAGCCCAUCCGAAUCCACCGUACACACACCUGGCGAGAUCGAUCCAUCCAAUUUCAACACCAGCAUGUCUGGCUUCGGAUUCCCUGACAUGAACGGCCAACAGGACGAGUCGCGCUGCAUCGACGAUCCUGCCAAGCGUCUGCUCAGCAAGCAGGGCGGUAUGGGCGGCUUCAAGAACCCCAGUCAAUUUGCCAACAACAGCGAGCUGGCCAAACGUCUUCGCGAGCAACAACUCAUCCAAGGGUUUGGUUUCCCCGGCGAAGAGGCUAAGCCCUUCCGCUGCCCCGUCAUCGGCUGCGAGAAGGCAUACAAGAACCAGAAUGGUCUCAAGUAUCACAAACAACACGGCCAUCAAAAUCAGCAGCUCAAGGAAAAUCCCGACGGCACGUUUUCUAUCGUAGACCCUGCUACAUCCAUUCCCUACCCCGGCACAGUGGGCAUGGAGAAGGAGAAACCUUACCGCUGCGAGGUCUGCGGCAAGCGCUACAAAAACCUGAAUGGUCUCAAAUACCACCGUCAACAUUCGCCGCCAUGCAAUCCCGACCUCAAACUCAAUCCCGCCGCCGUCCCUCAAAUGUCGAGCGGCAUGCAAGCUAUGAAUGUUAACGUCGCUGGAGCCGGUCUGUCUAUGGGCAUGGACGAUGGUCUGGGCUAC